AUGGUUAUUGUGACUAUAAUGGCACCCAUGCGAUUCAGAGAGCUGGAAGAGUGUCUUCAACAAUUAGAUGGAUUUGAAGAGCCAAAAAUUCGUCUUGAACAAUAUUCCACGAGCGCUCACAUCGGGGCGCACAUCCUGCACACAACAUAUACACACUUUGAUGAUAUAGGAGGAAAGGCUAUUGCUCACUUGGGUGCAGGGUGUGGGGUACUCUCACUCGGGGCCCGACUUCUUGGCACUAGUCAUGUCGUCGGAUUUGAUAUUGAUGCCGAUGCGCUGUCCAUGCUCAAAAGUAAUUGCCUCGAGUUAGAAACUGAUGUCGAGGCAGUUCACUGUGACCCCAGUUGUGAUGAAUCUGCCUUUUGGCUCAAAACGCAAUGUUAG